UGAAUAACGAUGGCCACAAUUCUCAAAGAGUCUCUCAUUACAUGUAUGAUACCCUGUCGGAGCUCAGUGGGUACCCCGCCAUUGGGACCCUUCAUCCGAUCACCCGCUGUCGGGGGAGCUGUGACCGACAUGGUUCCCUUCCGCGAAUCAUCGUCAUCUCAUCCCGCUGCAGGGAUGCCCCUCUAGCGAUAUCCAACGAUGCUGCAUCUGCAGAAUGAUUGGAGCUAUCAGCACAUGAUCGUGAGGUGGGGUUGACGGUGGUCGACGAUCAGUGUAUCGUAGAGAUUUAAUGUUUGACGGCUUACUGAAAAGUGAAAUCGUGAGCAUUCUUCACAUCUACUAGUUACGAUGGCUUCUCCAGUCGAGUUUGACGAGUCCAUCAAAGGCGCUCUGCCAUCCGACUUCACCUGGGGCUUCGCUACGGCUGCUGCCCAGGUCGAAGGCGCAUGGAACAAGGACGGUAAAGGCGAGUCCAUCUGGGACAAGUUUGCGCAUACUCCAGGAAAAGUGAAAGAUGGCAGCACAGGCGACGAUGCCGUGCGCUCUUACGACCUCUACAAGACAGAUGUUGCCCUCAUGAAGAGAUACGGCGUCAGCGGCUACCGAUUCUCUCUCUCAUGGUCACGAAUCAUUCCCCUCGGCGGGAAGAAUGACCCCGUUAAUGAAGACGGCAUCGCAUACUACAACCGCCUCAUCGAUGAGUUGCUCGCGAACGGCAUUGCGCCCUACGUCACGCUCUUCCACUGGGACACCCCGCAAGCUCUCGAGGAUCGAUACGGCGGCAUGCUAGACAAGGAGGAAUACACGCCCGACUUCGUCCGCUAUGCUCGGGUAUGCUUCGAGCGCUUCGGUGACCGAGUCAAAGACUGGAUCACCUACAACGAACCCGGCGUCUACACCCUCGCGGGCUACGCUGCCGGGGUCCACGCCCCAGCCCGGUCCAGCUUCCGCGAGCUCAAUGAGGAGGGCGACUCGUCCACCGAGCCCUUCAUCGUUGCGCACACCGAGCUCAUUUCUCAUGCCUACGUGGCCGACAUGUACAAGAAAGAGUUCAAGCCGACGCAAAAAGGCAAGAUUAUGAUCACGCUGCACGGGAAUUGGUCCGAGCCUUGGGACGCGUCGGACCCGCUCGACGUCGAAGCCGCGCAGCGGGCCCAGGAGUUCGAGAUCGCGUGGUUCGCCGACCCGCUGUAUAAGACGGGCGACUACCCGGAGUCCAUGCGCGCGCAGCUCGGCGACAGGUUGCCGAGAUUUACACCCGAGGAGAGCAAACUCGUGCUGGGCAGCUCCGAGGUCUACGGUAUGAACUCGUACUCUGCCUUCUACGUCAAGCACCGCGACGGUCCGGCCGACAUCAACGACCACAAGGGCAACAUUGAGCAGUUUGACGAGAACAAGGAGGGUGUGCCGCGCGGGCCAAUGAGUGAUACCUACUGGUUGCGCACGACGCCGUGGGGAUGGGCCAAGUUGCUACGGUGGAUCUGGAAUCGGUACCAUGUGCCCAUCUACAUCACGGAGAACGGGACAACGGCGCAGGGCGAGCAUGACUGGAAGCCCAAAGGACCGGAUGAUAUUCUCGAAGACCCUUUUCGAAUUGAUUUCUUUAAAAGCUACCUAACAGAGGUGGCCAAGGCUUCGCAAGAGGGCGUUGUCAUCAAGUCUUACUUCGGAUGGACGUUUACCGAUAACUGGGAAUGGGCGGCAGGUUUCUCGGACAGAUUCGGCGCAACGUGGAUCGACUUUGAGAGUCCUGAAAAGACACGCUACCCGAAGAGGUCAGCACUUUUCCUUGGAGAUUUGCAGAUAGAAUGCAUCAAAAUUGGUCACAACCAGCCAGCAAACUAAGACAGAGUCCACGAGACCUCCGCGGCCUGAUUCCAUGGACCUUUCGCAAUGGGUUUACUUCAAAAAGAACCUCUCGCGUUGAAUUGGCAAAAGAUCUGCCUCGAGGGCGAAUCGAACGCCCGAUCUUCUCAUUACGCAGACAAUACGAGUGAGACGCUUUACCACUGAGCCACCAAGGC